ACUACACGUAAUUUUAACUAAAACUUAUAGUUUGAGUGUUUGACAGUUUCAACUUCACUUUUAGCUCACAACAAACUCAUUGUUACAUCUGGAAACAACACAGAAAAAAUUCAAACUCACCUCAAUUUCUCCUCCUCUUUCUCUUAAUCUUGAAAUGUACAUGGGAAUACAGUUCGUGCAUGUAACUGUUAUCAUUCUGCUACUGUUUGGAUCAUUGUUCGUGAAUUCCAUGCCAUGUGAUGAAGGAAGAUGCAGACCUGGAUCACGUAACAGCUCCGGCGCCUGCAUUUUCGAUCUCCCUGAUCCAUCCAUCAUCUUAGAUGGAGAUCGUCUUUGCUGGGUUAAUUAAAUUCAAUUUUAACUCUCACAUUCAUUUAUUGAUUCUUAUUGCAUUUGAAUUUUGAUAAUCUGAUGUUCUGAAAUUUCACUGAAAAAGAGUGAGGAUGAAAUGUUGUAGUGUGGACUGCAGGGGAAAGUUUUGCAAUGAAGAAAUGACAAUGUG